AUGUCGACGUUGAUGUACGAAGAGCAACUCGCCGAGUCUUACUUCGUUUUGAGAAUGACGGCUACAGUAAUCAUGGUGCUGUUUGGAACUAUGGGAUUGAUAUUGAAUGGUUCCGUGUUCUAUGGCCUAAUGUCUCAGAAAAAAAGCAUCGGCGGAUUUUAUUCACUGUGCGCUUCGAAGACCAUCAGCAACACAAUGAUCUGCCUGACUUUCGUUUUGUGGGCAUCACCUUGCACACUAUUGAACCACUAUUUUCUUCCUCAUCAGAUUAAUAUAUUAUUUGGCCAAUAUGGUGGAUGGAUGCCCUAUAUCAUGGGACCUUUUACUCAAAUUUGCAUGGCUUUUAAUCGAUUCUGCGCCUUAUUUCUACCUCACUACUACGGUAGAUCAUUUCCAAUUCCGUUGAGUGUGGUUGGUGUGUUGUUCUUUUGGACAAUUGCAAUUAUCAUUACCUCUUUUGGCGUACCGGAAGGGUGCGGCUUCAUAUUUGUCAUUAAGCGUCUCGCAUGGGAACCCGAGGAAUCGGAGUGUGCCGUCAAUUUUGCAGUGGGCUUCUUCUACCUCAUUGUUGCAACGUCUGUAGCCGCGAAUGUGUUCAAUACGACAAUCGCGAUAAAGCUUAUUAUGACGGCAACGACGAGCAAUGUUUCGCGUGACAUCAGCGAGGUUCGACGCCGAAAACGAACAAAAAUGUACAUUCAGAGCGUUUCACAGGAUUGUCUGCAUGUGAUGGACACCAUCAAUUGUUCGAUUAUUUCGCAUUUUAGCGAAGCGGUUUGGUACAGAUUCGUCUUCUCAUCGCUCUUAUUUUUAGGCAUUCACGUGUUCGAUGGAUUGGUGAUGAUUUUAUUCAACAAACACCUUCGACCAGUUUGCUUCCACGACGCUAAAUCUCGAGCCAGUUACACUCAAAAAACUUCGGUGAUAGGUACUGCGUAA